UAGGUGGUUUUCGGAGGCUCUGACUUUUUUGCCCAAAAUGUACACUUCAAAAGACUGGAGCUUGAAAUUCUCGCAGCGUAAAUAGGUAUUUUGUAUGCAUUAUGCUCAAGAGCCUGUAUUUAACCAUUAUCUGUUGAAAUAGUAAAGAUAAACAACAUAUAGGGACAAGGGCGAUAGACAUUAUGGUGGUAUGAACUCUUUUCACUAUUCAAAACAAUCAACGUCACUAGUGUUACUAGUGUAUCACUGUCUAAAUUUUGUCUGUGAUGUCCUGUGAUGUCCUGUGUUUGAAUCGUGGUAAUGCUUGAGUAAUAAAUGUUUACUCUCUGACAAUAUUCAACAACGAAAAAUUCAGCUCGCCUGUUUCCGUUAAAAUUCGAAAUCACCACAUCCAAUAUCCAGUUAUCUAGUUAAUGAACAUGGGUGGACAUAAUCAAAACAAACCCCACUCGUCAUCACGAGACGAAUCAAGGUCCCAAACAAUGUCCCAAUCAAACAAACGUCAGAGGCCAAACUCUGAUACAGAUUCCUCUCAAAACUUGACUCAGGACCUGUCAGACCUAAGUUCCUUAUUAGAAAACCUGUCAAAUGACGAGGAAACCCUACAACAAGCGACAAGUAUCAUUCUUAAAAACUCAGCUUUCAAAAACAACAUUGUUGACAGGCUUGCGGCUAGAAUCGGUGAUCUUGAGCAAAAGAUUAAUUAUCUUGAAACCCGAGUAGACGACCUCGAACAAUACAGUCGGAAAAACUGCUUGAAAUUUUCUGGAAUUCCUGAGCAACACAAUGAAGAUACUGACCAAGUCGUUCUAAACACUGUCAACAACUACAUUUUGAAAUCCACUAAAAUUACCCUCGAUCGAUACUCGAUUAGCAAUUCACAUCGUUUGGGACCUCCACAAGGUUCAAAGUCUCGACCUAGGGACAUCAUUGUGCGCUUCACAAGAUAUCGAGACCGUGACGCUGUUUUCAAGAAUAAGAAAAACUUAAAAAGCUUCAACACAAACCCGACGAACAAUUACAAAAUAUUCGUUAAUGAGGCUCUAACAAGACGCAGGGCCCUGCUGUUUAAGAAGGCCCGUGCAACUGUCAAAACAGGCCAUGCAUCUUCCUGCUGGACUAAUGACGGGAAAAUAAUUGUUAAACUUAAAAAUGACAAGAAAAUCACCAUUCGUUCCGAAGAAGAUGUAGAUAAACUUUCGGCAACAGGUAAAUCCCGCCAUCCAAGCUAUGCAGCCGCUGCAGCUUGCAACGCUGACUAGUGCGCGCUUUGUCUUUGGACAGUCUGUGUAAAUAUCAAACAAUUAUUAUUAUGUCUCCCUUGCUAUGUCAACCAAACCAAGUUCAGAGCCAAUCAGUUUGCUUGGUGUUUUUUUUUUUAUAUAUAUAAAAAUUGUACAGCAUUCAAUCAUGUUUUUCUUAGAUGUUCCUACAAUGCCAAACACGUGUGCUUUUGUAUUUGUUGUGUAUCACAUGUGUGCUUACCUCUUUACUUUUUCAUAUAAGAGGUACAUGUACGUGUUUAUACAAAAUACGUCUCUCUUGUACAUACCUGUUUACUUGUAUAUGCUCAAUAUAUUGCAUGUGAUCUCUAUUAUCUCUUGUUCAUUUAAUACUUUUUUCAUUGCUUUUGGUACUGAUGUCCUACUUUCACUUGUUUUGAGGACAAGCAAUACCUUUCACCCACUUUGCGACACUUGUAAAAUAUUUUUUGAUCUGUUUUUGUGUUAUUCCAUACUCUCAAUAUUUUUCAUUAUUUUGCUCUUUUUUGCUUAUUCUAGUUAUAUUCAUAACGGCAACUGUCAUCAGUUUUUGGUUUAUUUGGAAUUAGUUCAAGAAUAUUAUGUACAUGUUUUUCACAAAUUUCCUUGUUGCGGCGAUAAAGUCAUUAAUGAAUCAAAGACACUAGAUAAUGGGUAACAGCAUUGAGCAAUAUCGAGCCGCAAUAGGUAAUUUUUACUCUACGUGUAGGCAGCUUAUUCGUUCAGAAAUUUUCGUUAUUUUCAAAUUACAACAUAUUUUGUCGUUUAUUAAUAUGUUGAUGAAAAUGUGUGAUUUUAGUAGCUUUCAUAGAGUUUAUGGUAUCGUUUCAUACAUUAUUUUUUCCAUGUACUUUUUUGCUUUAGUUCUAAUACUAUCAGGUGAUAUUGAAACCAAUCCCGGCCCUUCUUAUGAAAGUGUAGUUGAAAUUAUUCAUUUAAACGUUCGAAGUAUUAGAAACAAGAUAGAU